CAAGACACUGGACAAUGAGGGGUUUGCACCCGAGCUGUGGGUUGGAAUUAACAGAGUAACAGGAAGAGGGAGUGACAGAAAGAACGUUAAGAGUGAGAGACAGACGAAGAGGGAAAGAGUAAGAGGGAGGGAGACAAGGUGAGAGAGUGAGCAUGCAAGACAGAGACGGUAACUGUGAAAGAGAGCGAGUGAGACAGACGGCAUAUGGCAAAUUCUCACGGGCUCCACUGAAAGUGCACUAUGUUAAUAAUCCAUGGAAAUCACCCACAGGAAAUCUACCAGUGUUGAUUUCAGAAGAUACACACGUGGUGAAACCCGAUAACAUUCUGAAUUUCUUGAGGAAACGGAAAUACAAUGCAGACUAUGAUCUAACAGCCAAAGAGGGAGCCGACACUCUGGCGUUUAUUGCGCUACUGGAGGAGAAGCUUCGUCCAGCUUUGCUGCACACAUUCUGGGUGGACGUCGAGAAUUACUGCAACCUGACCAGACCAUGGUUUGCUGCAAGAAUCCCCUUCCCAUUGAACUUGUAUUUACCAGGGCAGAUGUCCCGAUCUGCAUUAAACCACAUUGUUCUAACGAAAGGAGAGCCGCCAAUCUACAGCAUCAAGGAAGUAGAAGGACAGCUUUACAGAGAUGCAAAGGAGUGUCUCAACCUUCUUUCGUACAGAUUGGGAACAUCGGAGUAUUUCUUUGGGAAAAUGCCCACGAGUCUCGAUGCCUUUGUGUUCGGACUUCUUGCUCCUUUGUACAAAGCGAAGCUGCCUAGUGCUCACUUCCAGAACCACUUGACUCAGCUCCAGAAUCUGUGCCACUUCUGUGACAACAUCUUGAUGCAGUAUUUUACACAAAACUCAGCAGACUCAUCAGCAUCUGGGUAUGAUAUGGUGGAUGCCAACCUCCAGAAGCUGACGCAGCUUGUAAACAAGGAAUCCAAACUGAUUGAAAAGAUGGACGACAAUCUUCGGAACAGUCCGCAACACAAGUCUCGGGGAGAAGUAACCUCUAAAAUGACUCCAGCCAGCAAUGAUGUUGGCUCAUCUCAGCUUUGGUCACCCUGACUACUUUUUAUUGCCCAAGUAAUAACAAUUCUUGCAUUUAAGAGAAAUCCAGCAUAAGUACAGGUGUAAUCGUAGGACUUGUAGAAAUGGAAGAUAAAGUUUGUUCACAUAUCAGAUGUCCUGCACUGAACACAUCAGAGCGAUAUUGGACAACUCCAUUUAAACCAUGGGACUCAAAAAUCUUAUCAAUUCUGAUUUGACAGCAUUUGGAAUGAAAUAAACUGCGCUUCUCUAAUUACAACCCUUCAGCCACUAUUUCUAUUUAGAAAGAAGCAUUUAAGUUUUGACAUGUCUUAGGCAAAGCAAUUUGUGAAGACAGCACUGAUUUUUCAGUGCUGGAUUGAUCUAGUUCACAUUUAAUAAUGCAGUGGAAUUGGGCAGGAAUUGGUGUUUGGUUGGGUCCCAGUUAUUCAGAAAAUAUUGUAAAUGUUUUAGAUAGAUAGGAGGUAAAGAAUGCUGACAGUUACUGUUAUAAUGGCUGGGGCAGCUGUCUAUCUGAAUGCUGGGGCAGCUGAAUCGAGAGGUCUGGAAUCUUAACACUAGCCAUUCUCAGUUUCCUUUAAAAAUGGCAUUGUUAUUACUUCACUCUAAUGUGCGUGUGCUGUCCAUUUUCAGCCGGUUCUAUGGCAAAAUACCAGGCUCUGCUUAUUUGCUCAUAUUUUUACCAGCUUAUUUGAGCUUAUUAUAAAAUUGUACCUCAAAUAAUACGUUACAAAAGAUUGUUAAGCAUCAAUCAAUGCAUUGCAGACUCCACUGUUUUAGUGGGUUCUCUUAGUACAGAAUAGCUAAGUACUGUAAAUAAUGUCAUGAUAAUAUUUUCAUACAGUUCCAAGGCUCACUAAUAAAGUAUCAAAAUAUAUUCAAACAUUUCAAAUGCACAGUUAAAAGCAGCAUAGGUUGGAGGAAAAGGGGAUUUUGGAAUCUCACAAUUGUUCUGCUGCAUGAAUGUACAAUUUUUUUAAACUAACAAGCGUGCAUGAAAAAUAAAUGGACUAGUUAUACACUGUUAAAUUCAGCUUGGAAGUUGAUAUAAAUUGCAAUUUCCUUAAUAUGAAUAUUGUAUCUCUGUUACAUUAAGUUCAUUAUGAUGGACGUCAUCAGUGUAAUACAGUGCAAGACGGAUGAGAAUUUGUAUUGGAUUAUUUUUUGAUUGAUUUCCCAGUCAAUCAGAAAAGAUUGUAAAUUGUUUAAAUGUAUUUUGAACCAUUAUGAAAAGGAAUUAAUUCUUGAUUUAAGUGCUAGGUUUUAAUUUGAAUUAUUACAAAACAAGACCUAUAAUCACUGUGGCCUUAAUGGUUAUUAAGAUCCCAUAACCCUAUACAAAAUAUGGUUCACUCUUUGAAUUUUUUUACUGUUUAGUAAAAUACGUUACAUCUAUGACCAAAAAUAAUCCAGGUGCAAAAGGAAAAUCCCCAAACCGUAACAUUUACUAAGAUCUUUCAUUCAGAAAUAUUCUUAGCAGAUUUGCCCAUGUUUAAAAUACUGUUAAGAAACCUUGAAAUGCAGUUUCCCAUGCCCAUGUUUAAAAUUCUCUGACUUUAAGGAACCUUGAAAUCUGCAAUGUAUUAUGAACAAUCAAGUGGCCACUAAUACCGAGUUGAAUGAAAAAUUAUAUUUCAUCUGAAAUGCUUGUGACCACGCUAGUGAUUGAAGUUUUCCUUAAGCGUGUGUGUCCCUGAAAACUGUUGAAACCUUUUUUUUUAAAAAUGUAGUUGUGAAUGUAAACAUUAAGAAUUUGUGAGGGCAUUAAAAACUUCCAAACUGGAUUGAGAAUAGCUGUAUUAAUAAGUUACUUAAUAAUUGCAAUUUGUCAUCAUUAGACUUAAACUUUACAACUUCUAUUCAGUGAAUGAUUUUUUACUGACUAAAUUCAGUCACUUAACUGAUGGAGUCAAUCUGGCUUAUCAUUAGUAGUCCUAUGUUUGACUUCAGUAAGGUCAGGCGGGUUUUAUUUGGUACACGUUAAAGGGAGAACAGUUGUAUUUCUUAUUCAGUGUGUAAUAUACGGCUGAUUUCUGUCAUGCUAAUUUAUUUGAGCUCAGCAUUUCAGAUAACAUUACUCUGCACUUUAUCGGUUAUCUCGUCUCUGGUGGCCUGAUUGUGAACAGGCUACAUAUUUAAGUUUGUUGCACAAUUCUCAAAUUGGAUUCUCUUCAGGGGAAGCUCUCUUCAAUGACUUAAAUGAAUUUGAACACCUUCAUGUUUUCAAAAUGUUCAAGCUGCUCUAUUUAUCUGAUUCAAAAUAUGUCUCGUAAUUCCACUGUUUUAUAUAACUUUGUAUAAUCUUUAGAAUGAAUGUAGCAGUGGAAGCCCAUGUAUCUGAAUAGCAGUUUGGUUUACAAUUAGGAGCAUUAUUUUAGUGUAAUGACAUUUAUUUUCAAGAGAAUUAUCUGAUUGUAGUUAGAUAUACAAUAUCACAAAAUCUUGAAUUUUCCUUAACUGAAUGAAAAAAAAUCUACUUGGCUGUUAGCUGCUUCUGUAGACUUAGCAAAAUAAAUAUAAUCUCCUUGAGAAUGCAGUAGCGUGCCUGCACCAAAAUAACACAUUUUGUAAACUUAUUUCUUCAAGAAGUGCAAAUUUGCAAAUGCUCUGUACAUUUCUACAAUUUUAUUUCACAAGGUGCAUCCUGACAAAUAUUUUUUUGCAGCUGUCAACAAGUAGAUAUUUUGAAGCUGCAAAAGUCACUUGGGAAGUUAUUCUCCUCUUAUCAACUUUUGGCUGUGUGCACUUAGAAUGGGAAAUGCUUUUUGUGUAACACACACUGGCAAAGGCUAGUAAAUAUAGUGUACUUGCAAACAGAGAACGUGCACUCUCAGCUAAAGUCUGAUCACUGGAGAAUUAACUGCCUUCAGUCCUCAAGUGCACAUCAGGCAUAAUCACAGUGGUACUUUGUAACCUCCAUCAAGUGAUGUGACAGGCAGUGCACACUGGUUAUAUUUUCAGCGAUGAAGAGACCAUGUAUGAAAGUGUUACGAGAUCAUGUAUGAAAGUGUUAAAGAGAGUGAAUGCACACUCAGACUUGUAGCUUCACUGAGAUCACAGGGCACAUCUCACUUGGUAACAGAGUUGGGCCAGUAGUGUCAUUGGCAAAACUCCCCUCUCACCUGAGUUGAAGUUAAUUGUCCUUUUACUAAUUAACAAUUGUAUUCAUGUGAUGGAAGGCAAUUUAUAAAAUAUUCAUCUGAAUUAGUUGAUUAAAUUGAUUAAAAUUCCAUUAAAAGGAUUAUUUCAAUUUCAAACUCUUGAUUCAUUCUCAAUAUAGAUUUAGAGAUUAGAUGGGCAGGUGUCCAUUUGCGUCUAAGUGCAGCAAUUUUGAACGCGUGUGCUCCUAAUGCAAUAUUUCCAUUCAAAGCACAUGUUGGCAAAGCCACUAUUUCACUCGUAUAUACCCAGUGAGUGAAACAUAAUUCACUUUUCAGAAGAGAUUGUCUCUUGAGUGCAGAGAAGGUCAGAAUUGUCUCACUCUGUCGGGCUAAUUGAUGGCUGCAUAUUCAGGAGAAUGUUCACAGUCUGCAGUCACUGAUCAUCUGCAGUCACUGACAACCUCAGUAAAAAUCAAGGGAAAAUAUAUUUGUGUGCUAGAAAUUUAACACAUAUUUGGGGCAAAAUUUGAGCUGGGAUAGAUAAACAGAUUUAAAAAGAUUUCUUUAAAUAAUUUGGUAUAGUUACAUUGAGGUUAACUGAAUAUUUUAAAGCUUUCCCUCCAUUAGACAAAUCUAUUCUUUUUGCCAUGACAUCUUCUCCAUUAACCUUCACUUAGAGUGGGGGUUUACAGCAAUCAUAUGAAAGUUUAAUUGUCUGGAAAUGUAUGAAGGGUUAACUACACUAAUCCAUGCUUACUUUAACAGAUAGCAAGUUUGUGACUUUAGUCUUUGACCUCUUUAUGCCAUGCUGUGUAUGAGACUCAGUGGAAAGGUUAGUGCCACAGAUGGGAUUAUGCAUUGCGUAUAAUAGUAACUUGUGUGAAGCACUUUAAGCCAUCCUUCUAACAUGAAAUAUUAAAUGCAGGGAUUAUUAUCAAUUUAUAUAAUACUUUGCAUAAAUAAAUUUGGUAUCUUGA